AGCUGAAGGUUUGUGCUAGUGAUUAGUAACUGGUUGGGUACUGGUGGUGGUAGAGGUGAAUGUGUGGUGUGUUGGAGGCAUCUGGUAUCACUGUGCAUGGUGAUGCAGGAUGCUGAGUGAAGUGGUGUGUAUUGUGGUGGUGACCUGGCUCCUGCUGUGGUCUCUCACUCCCCCGACCCGCCUGCUUGGGGUCUACAGUCGCCCUGGCUGCUGGUUCUGGCCGAAGGUCCUCAUCUUCUUCUUCUUCAUUAAGCUGCGACGAUGGAAAGACAGUAGAAGCAGCAGCAAGGAUGGCAGUGAGUUUGCAGGAUAUGGCGUCAAAUCCCGACGCUCCCCAGAGAUGAUGGAAUGUGUCCAGCAGCUCUCAGACCAUCCCAAGGCUAUCGACGCUGUGUACUUCAAUGCUGCCAGUGAGAACGGCCACUACUUCGUUGCCGCCACAGCCAGGCGGCCUCGGGGGGUAAUUAAUGGUCUCCUCUAUGUUAGGAUUCCCAGCUUGGGACUCCUGCAGCUGCCUAAGAUGCCCGACACUAUGAUGUUUGGGGACGAGGAACACUAUGCAGCCGAGGGCUUGAAGAUCACCCCACUCACACCAAUGACCGCCUGGAGGAUCCAGUACAUAGGACCCUUGAAGAUGCGAGGGGAGCCACUAUCGAGGCAGCAGGUGGAGUUAGAUGUGCAGUGGACCAGCAGCCGCCCCUUCUUCGAUUUCGACACCGACAUGGAUGCCUGGGCCCUCGCCAGAACCAUUGCCCGAGAGCCCUGGUCCAGGGAGUACUUCGAGGCCCUCAAAAACACUCACCAAACUCACUACGAGCAGAUGGGCAGACUGGAGGGGACAGUAGUGGUGGACGGCCAUCCCUAUGUCCUCAGGCUUGACUCUAUGAGAGAUCACAGUUAUGGUCACAAACGUGAGUGGAAGUUGAUACACCGGUACGGCAUGCACACGUUCACCACAGAGGAUGGCCUGCAGGGUAAUGUGGGCAUCGUCUGCCAGCUGGCGACCUGCACACAACUGGAGCUAGGUUACGUGUACGUGGAUGGGAAGGUGGUGUCGGUGUCAUCCGUGGACCUCUCACUCUGGCAACAUGGUGAAAAUGGUCACCCACCCACUGACUAUGCUUUCUGCUUUGUUGCAGGCAAUAAAGAGUACUUGGUGCAGGUGUCAGUGGUGGAGGCUCCCGAGUUUUACAUUGGAUGGGAAUGGGAGGCGAGGAUAGUUGAGCGGAUGGUCACUUACAGGAUAAAUGGAAGGAAAGGUUGGGGAAUAGCAGAAUGGGACUACAGGCAUCAUGGAGGUCGCCCUCACAUCUACAGCAGUCAUGAUCCAGCGUGGACUGCCGACCUUAUCAAAGAUGCUGUAGAAGACAAAUUGCCUGUCAGAUCAGAGUCUGAUCCUAGAUGUGUAAUCCACUACCUCAGCCUCAAGACUACAAUAGAAUCUCAGAUAAUUUUGCUUAGUGAUAAGAGUUACAGAAAGCUUUUGGAAUGUAAGAAAAUUCGAGAAGGACUGAGUGAAGAUGAGAGCCACGCUAAGCAGUGCGAGUCUAUUCCAACCCCAUGCUAUGAUUCUAAGAGAGAUGGUUACCACAGACCUUGUUACAUGGAGUUUAUGAAAGCAAAAAUAAUCAACAAAUGUAAACGUGAUAAAGAAAAUAACAAUGAAAAGCUAGAAUCUCAAUCCCAUUCCAAAUGUGACCUAGAGAAUAGUGAUGAAACAUUGGAAUCUCAAUCCCAGUCCAAAUAUGACCUAGAGAACAGCGACGAAACAUUGGAAUCUCAAUCCCAGUCCAAACGUGACCUAGAAAAUAGUAAUGAAACAUUGGAAUCUCAAUUCCCGUCCAAACAUGAUCUUGAGAAUAAUAAUGAAACAAUGGAAUCUCAAUAUCAGUCCAAACAUGAUCUAGAGAAUAGUAAUGAAACAUUAGAAUCUCAAUCCCAGUCCAAACUUGACCCAAGGAAUAAUGAUGUAACUGUACUUCUGAUCAAGAGCAAACAAUUAAAUAAGAAAGAAAAUUCAGAUACGAAAAAACAAAAUGAAUAUGAAAAAGUAAAUAGAAUUGAAAAAUCAAAAUCCCGAGUUCAACCCAAGUAUGACUCGGUGAAUAAGGAAAAGAAAUUGGAUUUUAAAGCUCAAUCAAAAUAUGGCAUAGUAAACAACAGUGAUAAAGCAGAAAGUCGAGCUCAACACAAAUAUGGCCUUAUAAACAAGAUAAAUCUUGAAUUACAGUCCAAGUACAAUGUCAUAGCUAAGUGUGAAGAAUCAAACUCAAAAAUGCAACCCAAAUCUAACUUAUUAAACAAAAUAAAAAAGCUGGAUCCCACAACCCUAUCCAAAUAUAACCUGGUAAAUGAAGGAAAACAGAAGCCAGAAUUUCAAGCCCGACCCAAGUAUGACCGAACAUACGAAAACAGAAAGAUAGACCCAAGAAUGCAACAGAAAUAUGAGCAGGUAAACAGAAGCGAUAAGUUACGCAUUCAAUCUCAAGCCACAUGUAUCCAAGAACAUCGUUUUAAGGAGUCAAACUCUCAAGUUAGGUCAACAGAGCACCAUGUGAACAUGAAGGAUGACUCAAGCACUAGAGGUGAGCCUGAACACAAGCAAGAUAAUUAUUACAAAGCAUUUGGCCCUACACACCAAUCAACACAUAAUUCUAAUAUUGAGGACCAAUCGAGAUGGAACAAAGAAAACUAUAACACACAUUCAAAACAAAGUUCCAGAUAUCAAGAAACUCUCAAUGAUAUUCCAAAUGCUCAACUCCAGGUCACAUGUACUACUGAGCAUGAUUUGCCAGAACUAAUUAACCAGCCUCAGUCCAAACACAUCCAAGUCAAGAAUGACAAAUCAUUAGCUCUAUCUCAAUCCACAUAUCAACAGGAAAACAAUGACUUGCAAGUCACAGAUAAUCAAGAAAGUUAUGAGAAAUUGCAAUUUACUUGUAAAGAAGAAAGCAAUGAUGACUCAAAUCUUGAAUUCCAAUCCAGUGAUAAAAAAGAAACUGAUGGACUGCAAUCCACAUGCAAACAAGAAUAUGAUGAUUCUCAAUCCACAGAUAAACAAAAAAAUAAUGAGUCACAAUUCACAUGUGAUGAAAAUUAUACAAUGUUUCGUGAACCCCAACACACACGUGAGGAUUAUGAAUCCCUGUCACCAACAUGUGAAAAUGAAGAAUCCCAAUCAACAUAUGAAAACAAUGACAAAUUGUAUCUUCCAUCCCAGUCCAUAAAUAAGAGAGAGUGUGAUGAAUCACAAUCCACAUUUGAACAAGAAAACAAUGAUGACUCACAAUCAGAAAGUAAACAUGAUAACAAUGACAACAUUCAACCUACAAGUGAACAAGGAAAAAAUAUUGAACUGCAGUUUACAAAUGAACAAGAAAUAAAUGAAUUCCAAACCACAUAUGAAGAAAACAAUAAGGUGGAUCCUGACUCCCAAUCCACAAGUGCACAACUAACUGAUGAAUUACAAUCCACAGAUGAACAAGAAACUGAUGAAUCACAAUCUAAAGAUGAACAAGAAAAUGAAUGUCAAUUCAAUAAUCAAGAAAAUGAAUCCCAAUCCAACGAUGAAGAAAAUAAAUCCCAAUCUGAUGAUAAACAAGAAAAUGAAUCCCAAUCCAAUGAUGAACACGAAAAUGAAUCCCAAUACAAAAAUGAACCAGAAAAUGAAUUUCAAUCCAAAGCUGAACAAGGAAAUGAAUCCCAAUCCAAUGAACAAGAAAAUAAAUCCCAAUUCAAUGAUGAACAUGAAAAUGAAUCCAAAUCCAAUGAUGAACAAGAAAGUAAACACCAUUCCAAUAAUGAACAAGAAAUUGAAUCCCAAUGCAAUGAUAUAUUAAAUAAAUCCCAAUUUAAUGAACAAGAAAGUGAAUCCCAAUCCAAUGAUGAACAAGAAAGUGAAUCCCAAUCCAAUGAUGAACAAGAAAAUAAAUCCCAAUCCAGUGUUGAAUACAAAAAUGAAUCCCAAUCCAAAGAUGAACAAGCCAAUGAAUUCCAAUCUGAUGAUGAACAAGAAAAUGAAUCCCAAUCCAAAGAUGAGCAAGAAAAUGAAUCCCAAUCCAGUGAUGAACAAGAAAAUGAAUCUCAAUCUAAUGAUGAACAAGAAAGUGAAUCCCAAUCCGAUGAUGAACAAGAAAGUGAAUCCCAAUCCAAUGAUGAACAAGAAAAAUCCCAAUCCAGUGAUGAACAAGAAAAAUCCCAAUCCAGUGAUGAACAAGAAAAAUCCCAAUCCAGUGAUGAACAAGAAAAAUCCCAAUCUAGUGACGAACAAGAAAAAUCCCAAUCCAGUGAUGAACAAGAAAAUGAAUCUCAAUCCAGUGAUGAACAAAAUUAUGAAUCACAUCCUAAUCCACAAUACACAAAUGAACAAAAUAAGGAAAAAUCACAUAAUGAAUCCAAACAUGAAAUUAAAGACCAUUAUGAACUGUCAGUUUGUCAAUUACAACUCACAUGCAAUCUAGAAAAUUACUAUGAAGAACCUGAGCCUUUGUCCCAGUCAAUUUGUGACCAAACAGACACUGAAGAGAAGUCAGUCACUACAUCAAAACCGAUGAGCAAAAAUGAAAGCAAUCAUUACCAAAAUCCUGAGCUGUACCACACGUGGGAACAAAAAAACAAAUUCCAAUCCAUAUGCCACAAUGAAAAUGAUUAUGAAGAGUCAAACCUUCAAUUCCAAUCAUUAUUUCACAAAGAUACUGAACAAGAAGAAUCAAACUAUUCAUCAAAAACAAUAAGUGCUCAAGAAAAUAAUUAUGAAGAAGCUGAUCCUCGGUCUGAACCAGCAUGCGAUCUAGGACGUGUUCUAACAGCAAGCGAUCAACCAACUAGCUAUAAAGAGUUCGCUCCAACAUUAACAUCCAACACUAAACUAGAUCCCGAGUUCCAUUUCAUCAGGGAACAUAACUGGUAUGAACUUUCAGAAGGCGAUCACAAUGGGUCAAGUCCGUGGUCCCAAUUUGCAAAUAUAAAAGAAAAUGAUGAGUUGCUUCCUGAAUCCCAAUACCUAAGUGACCAGGAAACAUGCUGUGAUAAAUCAGGUCCAGCAUCACAGUUCAUUUGCAACCAAAACCUUCAUGAGGAGAUAUACCCUGAACUCCAGUCUAAAUGUGACCCAGAGAACAUUAAUGAACAGCAAUACUGUCACAUGCAAUCACAAAGUCAUCAAGAAAAAGACGAGUCAGAAUUUAAGUCCCAAUCCAAAUAUGACCAUGUAAUAAAAAAUAAUGGGUCACAGUCUCAACCCCAGUCAUUACAUAUCAAAGAAAAUAAAUACGAAGAGUUAAUGCUAAAAGCUCUGUUCCAAUGUGAACAAGAGGUUGAAAGUGAAGGGUCUGGCUCAGAAUCCCAAUCCAAAUACGAGGAAAAUUACAGCAAAGACCUGGACUAUAAACCCAAACUUCAAUAUGACUCGAGAAACAAUGAAAAAGAAGGUUCUCAAGCUCAUUCUAAAUGUGAUCAUGAAAAUGAUGAGGCAUCAGAUUCUGAAUCUCUAUCAACACAUGACCAAGAAAGUGAUAACGACGAGUUUAACCUUCAGAAUGAAACUCAAUAUGACCUACAGAACAAUAAUGUUAUAUUAAGACUUCAAACUCAAUCUGCUUCUAACAAAGAGAAUAAAACAUCUGAUUCGGAAGCCCAAUACAGUUGUAAGCAAGAAAGCAACAAUAAAAAAUUUGAUAAUGCAUCCCAAUCUAAAAGUGAUCAAGAAACCAAUAAUGAAGAGUCAACCUUCCAAUCACUUUUGAAAUGUGAUUCAAAAUUUAUUAACAAGUUAUGUUCUCCAGACAAAGACAGAUGCAACCAAGAAAAUAUCAAUGAAGUAUCUGAGGCAAAGGAAGAUUCUCAGGAAGACGACGACUCUGAGGAAGAAGAGUCCGAGGAAGAAUCUAAGGAAGAAGAAUCCGAGGACGAAUCUAAGGAAGAAGAAUCCGAGGAAGAAUCUAAGGAAGAAGAAUCCGAGGAAGAAUCUAAGGAAGAAGAAUCUGAGGAAGAAUCUAAGGAAGAAGAGGAAGAAUCUGAGGAUAAGAAGGAAACCCCAUCAAUAUCUUACCAAGAAAGUGAUGAAGAAUCAGAUAAAGAGUUCCAGUACCUGUGUGACCUCAGAAACAAAAUUAAGAAAUUAGACCAUGAGGUGCCUUUUGCUCAGACACAGUUCAUAUAUAAUCAUGGAGGUGUAAAUGUAAAACCAAGCCCCAACUUCAAACCCACCACUGACGAAGAAGGUGAAAACGAUGAGUGCAACUCGGAAAUCAAAGAUUAAACACACAAAGGCAUAUCCAUUAGAAAGCUUGCAUCUGUUACAGACCAGUGAAUUUGCAUCAGGUAGAUACUGUAAGUUAAGAAAAUUAAUGAAACUUAUAAUGGAACUGAUAAAGUUUCUUUAAACUAUUUACCUUACAGAAUAAUACUAUGAUGUGAAAGAAGGUACCUCCUCAAUGAAACUUAAAAUUGCACUCUCUGAAAACACCGCUGGCACUCGAGAGUUGUAAAUACAUGUCAUCCCAGGCCAUAAUGCCACAUCAAGGUCAAUUAUGAACAAUAUUUUAAACUCCUGAGGCUAAUCUGAACACUAUAGAAAUUAUCUGGUUAAUUCAGUUACAUUUGAGUUCUAUGGAAAUUAUUAAGUUAGCUCUGUUAUGACAUUUGGAUAGUAUGGAAAUGUUAAGUCUACUCAGUUCUAUUAUGACAUUUUAAUAAGUAGAAUAAACAAUUUACCAAAAGGUGA